UUUCCUACAUUUUGCUUUAAGCUUAUUCAAUAUUAUCAAAAUAAGGUCCUAUUAGCCCCUCCAAAUCUCAAACGCUAUUUGCGCCUAUGGACUACUUAUAGAUAGUCGUGGUAUUAACUGAGCUAUAAAUACUGAUAUGUUGUUUUAAUGAUUUGUGUACUCUUAUGUAUUACUGACAUUAUUUUGAAAUUUUGUUAACAUGUAUAUCUGUUGUGUACAUGCACCUCAUGAUGCAUCCAAAACUACAUUUAGUGUUCCCAAAAAUGAGGGAGAAAAAGAAAAAUGGGAAAAAGCUCUGGGAAUGGUUUUAAAAAAGAGCCAUCGUGUCUGCGCUAAACAUUUUGAAACUUAUGAUAUUAAAAGUACUUGGGAGUCUGGUGAAGGAUUAAAUAAAUACACGAUAUGUUUGAAAAUUCCGAGAUUAGUAGAAGGGGCUGUACCGAAGUUAAUGUUAAAUUGUGAAAGAAAAGUUUCAAAUGAUCAAAAUAAAAAUGUAGAGGUUUGAAAAUUAAUAAUAAAAUUGAUAUAAUUUUGAUUAUUAACUUUAACAAUACUUAUUAAAUUAAUAUUAAAUAGACUUUUGAAUCUGAGAAUAAAUUGUUUCCAUUUCAACCGGAUCCAACACAACUCUUGAGUGAUUCUCAGAUAAAACCUAAAUGCAAAUCACCUAUUUUUAUCCAAACAUCCCCAAAUAAAAAGAGAAAGGUAAGUUAUAAUAAAAACACAAAAUCAGUAUUUCUGUUAUAAGUUACCUUUUUAUACUUACCAGGUUGAUUUUGAAAUUGAACAAAAUUCAACAUACAAUUAUUUGUUAAUAAACCAGAAUAAUUUCAAAUUACCUAAUCAUUGGUUUAUGGAUAAAUGCAUUGCAUCAGAUAACGAUAUGUACAUAAC